AUUAUUUUGUUAAUACAUAAACAUUAUUCGAUGCCAACAAGCUCAGACUCUGAGCCGUUCCAGUCGUACUCGUCGUGGAGCGCGCGCUUUACCGAGCUGCGCAUCCUGCUCUGGCGGUGCUCCGACCAGCUCCAGCACCACACCGAGACCAGCAGUGCUGCUGCGCCUGGUGCGACUGGUGCGACUGGUGCGACUGGUGCUGGCUGGAGCUCGAUGGUGGCUGCCACUCCACGCGCUGGACUGAUCCUCGUGCGCAGUCCGCCUGGCUGCGGCAAGACGACCUUCACAACCGAGGCGCUCCGAACAAUGCGUGUGCCCAGCGUGGUGCUCUCAUGUGCGUCUGUCGCAGCCGAGCACGACGCGCUGGAGCCGAGCCAGCGCGGGAGGACGCUCGCUGCUGCCAUCGCCAAUGCAAGCGCACUGAACGUCGCGUCACUGACCGAUCCAAGUGUGAUUCCCGAUCACGAUGCUGAACAAGAUGCAGGCAGCAAUGGCCAAUCAUCCGGACCACUGCAGACCAGGCUGGCCCUUGGCGUGCUCGUGCUGGCCCAACUCGAGGCGCUGUGUCGAGCGUCAGCAAGCGACGCACUCGCGGAUCUGCUCCAAAACCACCUCCCGCGUCUACCACCACAUAUUAUCUGCAUCGGACUCUUAAGAGACGGCAUUGACAUGCCACCAAUACUAGCCAAAAGAGAGUCGGUCUCUGCAUCCAUCUCGUUGGCAGUACCAACCGCCGAAGAGCGCACAAUAGUUAUCGGCCGAAUUCUCCAACGCCUUGUGCUGCAACCAAACCCAGAGAGCAAAUCAACCAUCGACGGCGCGGCAUUGUCGAUAAUGCGGGUCACCCCCGGUUGCACACACCGGCAGCUUGCCCAGCGCGUUCACCACGCCCUGCGCACUUGCAUCGCCGACGACUUUUCUACCACUGCAUCACCCGACGCUUCUCCACCUUCAGUGACGCUCGACCGGCUACUUUCUACAAUUCUGUCUCAACGCACGGCUGCUGGUUCAGCCCACAAUGAGCCCACGCCUUCGCCAGCCUCCUCGAGCGCGACCUAUCACGCGCCCGAACCGUGGAAGAACGUCGGCGGGUACCUGGAAGUCCGGAAGCGCCUCAUCCAGCUCAUUGCGCGUCCCCAGAGAAACCCACAGGCGUACGCUCGAAUGGGCAUCGAGCCACCAUCGGGCGUUCUCUUGUACGGCCCAUCCGGCUGCGGGAAAACGCUGCUCAUCAACGAGCUCGUUGCAUCCGAGUGUCCAGAGGUGGCGUUCAUCCCUGUGCGCGUCUCCGAGCUGCUCUCAAAGUACCUCGGCGAGUCAGAGCGCAACAUUCGCAAGCUUUUCGUGCGCGCUCGCCAGCUGGCGCCUUGCAUUGUGUUUUUCGACGACAUUGACAUUAUCGCGCUCAAGCGAGAAAUGUCGCUCGAUGGCGGCUCAUCCGGCGUCGAAGACCGGCUGCUCGGUCAGCUACUCACCGAAAUGGACGGCAUCGUGGAGCGCACGGGCGUGCUCGUUGUCGCAUGCACAAACAAGCAGCUGAGUGCGCUGGAUCCUGCGUUGAUUCGCGCCGGCCGCCUGGAGCACCAUGUCGCCGUUGGCAAGCCCGGUGCAGAGUCGCGACUCGCCAUUCUCAAGGUGCUUGCGCAGCGAACCUCGACCUCGGCCAAUCUUGAAUGGGUUGCUGGCCGCACCGAAGGCUACACUGGCGCGCGAUUGACAGCGCUCGUUCGGGAGGCGGCUCUCUGUGCGCUCCGCCGUGACAUUGAAGCUGUCACUGUGAGUGACGAUGAUUUCAAAGCGGCUCUUGGUUCUGCACUGUAGUCUUGUCGUUCUGCAGCAGGGGUUUUUCCAAUUCAUGAGCAUUUUGUAUUUUUGUAUUUAAUAAUUCUCAGUUUCUCCAACA